CGUGACGCCACAGGAUAUCCGGUUUGUGCUUUGGCCCUGGUAGACACGUUUUCCGUCACGGAAGUAGAAGUUCUCGCUGCCUUCCCCUUCCUCGGAUCCCGUCGGCUAGAAGUUGGCUUCCUUCCGCCCAGGUGGCUUGGUUUGACCUUCAGCCGCCGUAGAAGCUCGCUCCGUUUCCUUGGCAGGGCUUUUGUCACAGCAAAUCAGAAGUACCCAGUUCCUGACCUGGUUUGUGUCUAGCAGUGAGAUCUCCAAGCCGUAAGAUCAGCUAACCAGAUUUCUUCUGUAUUAUGGUACAUACAUUUCAUGUCAUCAUGAUUUUCAAUUUGUGUGGUCAAGAAAAUUUCUCCUGAUGUGAUAUUGUGCUACAAGGUGAGCCACAGGUAGACCAAUGUACUAAACCAUUACUUUUGAAAUGAACUGAAAAACAGAAGUGUUUGUUGAAGAAGUUCAAUAUGGUGGAAGAAGCAGAGAGGAAACCAGUAUUGGAAAUGGUCCAAGCAGCUGGAACAGAUGGAAACUGUGUCACAUUUGUAUUGUAUGAUGAGGACCAUACAUUAGGAAACUCUCUACGUUACAUGAUCAUGAAAAAUCCAGAAGUGGAGUUCUGUGGAUACAGUAUCACCCAUCCUUCAGAAAGCAAAAUUAAUUUCCGCAUCCAGACUAAAGAGGGUCUUCCAGCAGUUGAGCCCUUUCGUCAAGGCCUUAAUGAGCUCAUGGAUGUCUGUCAACAUGUGCUUAAUAAAUUUGAAGCGAGUAUAAAGAACUAUAAAGAUCAAAAACAAGUUGAAAUUGAAUAGUAUUACAUUCUUGAUGAGAUUAGAAUGCAUAUCUCUGUGCUGUCUAAUUUUAUAGAAUUGAUCUGUUCCUUUAAAAGUUUAACCCUAAAGUAAAUUUUCUUAUUAUUUUUGUUAGAAUAUGUAUGUGUAAAGAACUGGUAUAGGACUUAAUAAAAUCUCAUAAGGCAAUAAACCUAAAACUCAGAUGAAGAUAAACCUAUAAUUUUCUGAUUAAGGAAUUUCCUCAGCAUUCCAUUAUUGGUGAUUUCAAACCAGAUUUUUGUUUUGUUUCAGCAUCAGUGGAAGCUAUCCAGCCCUCUCGUUUUUUAUAAUUCUUGUGUAUGUUGUCCACAGAUAGCCUCAUUAUGCUGAGGACCUUCUUCCACAUAAUUUUAUAUUUCUUUUGUUUUUGCCUUAUUGGAACCUGAAAACUAGGCUUUGCUAACAGAACAUAAGCAAGUAGAUUUUCAUGUGCUAAAGAGAUGGAUACCAUCAAAAAGUAUGAGACUUGAACUAGCUUUGUGUCUUGGAUCAAAUGUCAUAUGCUUUUUUUGUGUGGAUGUGUGUAUAUAUAAAGUUUCCCUUAUUGCUAAAUAUACAUUUUAAAAACUGUAAAUACACAAAUGGGGGAGGGUUGGUAUUUAUCAUAUUCAUUUCUUAGAACACAGUAGUUGGAUUCUUUAUUGGAUUUAUUGGAUUCUUUUAUUUAACAAUUCCUAAAUCUUUUCUGUUGCCACAAAAAAAGUUGCUAUAAUUAUAACAAUAAAUGCAGUAUGUAUUACAUGUUAUAUAUUAUAUGUGAUAUAUAAAAUGUAAAUAUUUUGAUGUAUACAGGGACUUGUCAUGAGUGACUUCCAAUAGAGUCAAUGAUCAUUCAUGUCUCCACUUAAAAACUGUGUCCUCCAUGGUCUGACUUCAUUUGCUUUCCAAAAUCACCAAUGAUCUCUGCUAAAUCUGAUGGCUUCUUAAUUUUCCUCCUAAGUCUCUUAACUUUUGUCAGUAUCUAUCACCCUUUUUUCCUGGAUUUUCUCACCUUUUUUGAGUUUUUUUAACACUGUUCUCCUGGUUCUUAUCUUAUCUAUCUUGACUGUUCCUCAGUCUUUUUGAUCUUCAUCUGAGCCAUACUUAAUAGCCCUGAUGUCAUCCUGGACUUUAUUUACUGUUUUUGGUGAUCUCAUGAACUCAUGGAUUUAAUUCUACACAGUUAUGAGUCUUGUAUUUAUCCAGCCCUAAACUCUCCUUAUCUCUAGUCUGUAAUCACCAAAUAAAUGCCUGUUGAACAUCUUGAA